AUGUCGACCUUAGAAGUGGCUGGUUCCGGGCCGAUCGACCUUAGUCAUCAAUUGCGUCGACUAUCCUAUGCUGAAACUUGCACGAGAGCAGCCGUGUACGACCCUUCGAAAGACCUAAGCUUUAGCCUUGAAGACGAAUUGAACGAUCCAGAGUCCAACAUCACGCCACCCCCACCCCCAACGGAGGACCGGUUCGAGAUUCACGUGACCAAGGAGAUGAUUCGCAGCCUUGAUCUCACCGUCGCGCACCAGGUCCUGCGACCAUUCGUCGCACAGAUAGGCGACAACACGUCCCCUCCCCUCUCCGACCCAUCGCCUCUCCUCACUCGCCGCCUGGGCUUCACCAUCAAAUACGAAAGAGACGACCCCAUUGACCCUCGGGAACUGUCCGAGCUGCCAGAUGUCCGCCUGUGGUUCGUCCGUCUGGAUGCCGCCUAUCCGUGGUUGCCAGCAGUGCUGGACUGGCGAGCGGGAGAGCUGGGACGGUAUGCUGCAAUGCUGGUGCCGCAUCAGGUGGGAAUCAUGCCACACCCCCCAUAUGAGCCAAUUCUGACUCUUGGGCCAUAG